AUGGCCCAAACACCACAGCAACGUCGAGCAAACGAGCGCUUCGCGAAGACCGAGGCCGCAAAGAGAGGGAAAGGGCCAACCACGAUCAAACCGAAGAAGAACACAAAGUCUCCCCUUUCAGCUAGCUGGGUCGUGUUACUCGCUUUCGUUGUUUGUGGCGGGAUCCUCCUGGAGCUCCUACGAAUUGUGCCUGACCUCUGGUCCACCGUGAUCUCAUGGUUCACCCGGCUCACAGGAUAA